AUCGAACCUUCCAACCAGCGAGCCAGGGCUCCUGCUCUCUCGUCAGCUCUGAAAGGCGCUUUCCUGCUUCAUGCAGACAACACUCACUUCAGGAGCUCAGCUCUGCGGUCUUCCGUGACUUCAUCGACUCCUUUUCAAGCUUUCUCAGGAGCAGCGGUCCUCACUUUUCAGCACUCACAACAGCGGUAGUUUCUGCCUAGUUUUGUGUUUGUUCAGGUGUGUCUGUUUCUGCAUAGGCGUUUGGCGCAGCUUUUGGUUGACGUAGAUACACUUCUACCGGGAUGGCCUUGACUCGCGUGGCCCUGAACACUACCUCGCUCCAGCUCGCAGCAUCGCCCCUCGUGAGCUGCCAGUCACGGCAGUCCCCUGCUGGUUCCGCUCUGUUCCCGCUUGGCCCCUCCAGAGCUUCCAUCAAACAGCCACUUGCUGCCAGGGCCUCCACAGCUCCUCACUGUUCUUCCUUCUUUGGUAGCUCCCUCCCCCUCCAUUCCGCAGUUCAUGCACCUGCUCGCAAGGCGCACAGGAGAAUUUCAGCAGAGGCGGCAGGGCCAUCUUCGCCAGAUGGGGCUUUGCCAGAUGGAGGGGAGUCUGCACCAGAGGCAGGCCACACGUUGGCCCCCCUCCGACCAUCUUCUCCCACGGGCGAGUUCCUCAUUAAGAUGCUGGAGGAUUAUCCGCAUCUGUUCCCUUCUGCAGCAGACCAACAACUGGAGAGAUUAGCCUCAGAAAAGCAAGAGGCGGAUAGCAAGGCCAAUGCGACGGGGUCAGAGCUGGUGCUGUAUGAGCGCAUCAACCAGCUGAAGGCCACUGAACGGUCCAAGGCCGUUGAGGACAUUAUUUACGCGCUCGUGGUCCAGCGCUUCAACGAGUCGGGGGCGUCGCUUGUUUGCAAAGUUGCCACCCUCGCUGAGACCAGCGGACGCACCGCUGACGUCGGCCCUCUUGCGUUCGACGCCCUCAAGUCCGUGCACUCCCCAGAUGCGCUGGAGAUGUGCCAGGAGCACUUGACUGUCGUUCUUGGCGCAGGGCAGUCGGCCUACGUUGAUGAAAGCACGGCGGUGCAGAUUAGCAAGCUGCGCAUGGGGCAGGUUUACGCGGCCUCGGUUAUGUACGGUUACUUCUUGCGGCGGGUGGAUAAGCGGUUCCAGCUCGAGAAGACGAUGAAGGGCGCAAUGGGGAUGUUGGGAUUCAACCCCCUCGAAGCGGUGGAUGCUGAAACUGGGGAGGAGGUGAAGGCUUCGGAGGAGGCAGAGAGUUUGGCAGCCGAGGCAGCGGCAGCGGCCGCACGCAUGGCCCGGGGGGCGACAGACAUGGGGCAUGAGGCGUCUGACGAGCAGCGCAUGGGGUUGAACCGGUUACGGAGGAACCAGGAGCGGGUGGCGGAGGAGCGGCGGUCAAAGCUGGCGCUGCGGAAGUAUGUCUUGAGUUUUGACCAGGAGACGUUGCAGCAGGUGGCUAGAAUUCGGACGCGGGAGACAUUGAACGUGAUUGAGAAGCACGUUGAGGCGUUGUUUGGAAAGCCGGAGAUUAUGGUGGGCGAGGGGGGUGUGGUUGGUCUGGUGAUUCCCAAGGAUGAUGCGGUGAAGGUUAGCUUUGCGGGGUUGAGGAAGGUGGUUCUUGAGGCGCUUACGUUUGGCACGCACUUGUGGGAUGUGGAGAGCUAUAUUGAGGAGCAGUAUAACUUGGUAGCUGCCUAAGUGUUCGGUGUUGCUCAAGGGAAAUAUAGGAAAUGAUGAAAGCCGUUGGAAGUUUAUAGAAGGAAACGUUUGACACUGAUAUUAGCAACUGUUCUUGUAUAUUCUUGUAAGUGGUAGAGACCUUUGUCAAAGGGCAUCAAGCCUUGUCGUGCACAAACCCCUGUACAAAGGUGUUGUUUAAUCUCGGAUUCCAAUCCAAGUCCAAAAGGAUCCAGAAAGGCUGGAAAGCUCUUGAUUUGUGUAUUACCUCAGUGUCAAACUGGUCUUGCGCAUCA